AUGGUCAUAGUCUGGGGUGUCGAGGAAGGAAGUAUGAAGACGAUGACUGUCACGGCGGGGAGAGAAGAAGUAUUGUCUAUGCGUGGUCUCGACCACAGGAAACGGGAGUGGCCGAGAUGGUUGGUGGAGGAGCGAGGAGAGUGGGUUGACGGUCGAGAGCCACGCGUCAAUCAGGGAGACCUCCUUGGCCCAGACGUUGGAGGUGAACGAGAGAAGGUGAGAAGGGAUAACAAUAUGAUAGAGCAGAGGAAGGCGAUACAGAGUAGAGAAGAAAGGAUAGAGAGAGAGAGAGAGAGAGAGAGAGAGAGAGAGAGAAGAGAAAAGAGGGAGAGAGGAGAUGAGACGAGACAAAGCGGGAGAAUGAGGAGUUUCGGCUGUGCGGACAUUAAUGCCACGGGUCAGGUGACUGUCAUAACACACAAGUAG